AAAACUUUUAAGCUACCAUUCACCCAAAAUGGAACGCAGAGAAUCCCAUUCUUCAUUUCUUUGUAAUUUUACAAGGAGAAAGCAAGUUGUGAUCCCGAAAUUUUAACAAAUUUAACAAAUAACUGAAAUUAUCAAAUUAAGAAGAAAGGCAAAAAAAAAAGAAAAAAGAAAAGAAGAGCGUUUUUACACACAAUCAUGAAUCACCUACUAGUCAUCCAUCGAAGACUUGUUUUUAAUGGUUAAAAAGCAAAAGAGAAUCCAGAUAGGAUUCCAAUUUGUUUUUCUUAAAACUUCUUUCCUGAGCCACUACUUCGUUCAUCCCUUUUUCUUUCCAUCUUUUCAGUGACUAUAUUACGUUAAUCUGAUAGUAAUUUAAUAGCAAUUAUUAAUACGUGGAUCGUUUCUUUCUUAAUUAAUUCUUCCUCCUUACCUUCCACGUUUAUUCCGUUUGUGAUUUGUCAAAGACCCUUUUUCUUUUUCUUAUAUAAGUCCUGGUUUUGUUAAAUGUUAACCAUUCUCAUCAUUAUUAGAGCAUAGCUGGAAGUUUGGAACUCCUUUUUAUUUCGUCUAAAUUCAAUUCAUAUACGACUUUCUUCCACCGCCAUUCUCCCAUCUUCAUCAUGGAAGAAGCCAAUGGUAAGGAUCAUGUAUCCAUGGAGUUCAUAUUUUCUGUACUGCUUGAUUGAAUCGACUCUAUUUUUCUUCCUUUUUGCCAGUAAAUCCUUCUGGGUUUAUCGAGCUUGAUGUUUUGAUAUCUGGGCUGUUUGAAUCGCUUCAGGUUUUUUCGAAUUAUUCCUGUUUCUUGGUGCCAAUGGGUGUUUCCACCGUUUUUUGGAUUUUUUUAAUUUUGUUUUUUGGGGUCCUUUUGACUAAAAAGCUUAGUGGGGUUCCUGUUGCGUUGUUCUGAGGCAUUAUUUGAUUUAGUUCUUGGAGCAGCAUAUGGGGUCCAUACGUGAUUUUAGAAAUUACGCUUUUUUAGUUAAACCAAUUGUGUAUUUUACGGGAUUUUAUCAUCCUGGCCUAGUCAAUCAUGUACUUUGUUGAAGCCAAGGAUGGAACUAUUUCUGUCGCAUCUGCAUUCGCUGGUCAUCAGGAAGCUGUACAGGACAGGGACCAUAAGUUUUUGACAAGAGCAGUUGAAGAAGCUUACAAAGGGGUUGAGUGUGGACACGGAGGCCCAUUUGGUGCCGUAGUCGUUCGCAAUGAUGAAGUUGUCGUGAGUUGUCACAACAUGGUUUUAGAUAGUGUUGACCCUACUGCGCAUGCAGAGGUUACUGCAAUAAGAGAGGCAUGCAAGAAGCUGAACAAAAUUGAGCUCUCAGAUUGCGAGAUAUAUGCUUCUUGUGAGCCUUGCCCUAUGUGCUUUGGUGCUAUUCACCUUUCUCGAUUAAAGAGGUUGGUGUACGGUGCUAAAGCUGAAGCAGCAAUCGCGAUCGGGUUUGAUGACUUUAUUGCUGAUGCGCUAAGAGGUACCGGCUUCUACCAGAAAGCAAACUUGGAGAUCAAAAGAGCAGAUGGUGAUACAUCUCUUAUUGCGGAACAAGUCUUCGAGAAAACGAAGGCCAAAUUCCAUAUGUAUUAAGCAAAAUCUUGUUACUGUUGAUUUGGACGCUUUUGAACUAUUCUCACAUGCUCCGAGAAUAGUUUUCUGACAUACAUUGAUCGAAUGGUGUAACCAUAACAAGUUCCAUUCUCAUUUUCAGGCAUUUCUGGCCAUAUGCAAUGAAACUGAUAUGUUAUUUUCUUGUAAUUUACCUUGGAUUAACUUGAAAAGGAGGAUAAUAAAUAAAAUAAUACAAAUAUCCUUCACUUGCUGCAGUGUAACAUUUUUUUCCUAUCAUACUCCCUUUGUCCUAAAAUCAUCUUUAG